GUAAGUAAACAAAAUACGCCCCCUGUCAAAGUAGAUUUAGUUAAUAUUUUGUUAGUGAAUAGGAAGCUGCCAAUAGAAAGCAAAAACAUUAACAUGGAAUAAUUAAACAAAUCGACAAAUGAACAUUAGACGAUAACUUAACUUAUCAGAAACAGCAAAUCAUGGCUGCAUCUGUGCCGACUGUGUCUGAACCUUUAUCAAACUCCAAAUUUUUCAACUGGAUAAAGGCUGCACUGGCUGUGUUUUAUACCAAAGAAGAAAUAGAGCCAGUUGUUAUUGCUGAAGUCAAAGAUUUCCAACAGGACUGUCUACAUGUGAUUUCCUCAGCAAACUUCUUACCAGCUGGAAGCACCUGUUCUAACUGCUGUACGGAAAAUCUGAUUGUUUGUCCAACAAACAGAAUUUGCAACGUAAAUCGUGGAAAAUGUUAUUAUCAUAUUAACGUUGCAACUCAGUAUCGUCCGUCUGGUUGCCCGAAUAAAAUUUGUCAUAAUCUAAAAUCUGAGAUUCAAAAAGCACAUCGAUAUCAUGGUCCAUCGUAUAAAAAUACAGACGCAACAAAAUGGUGCAGCAAUGCUUGGGAAAUUGCCAAAUGUUAUCUCCCGCCAGACGGAUACAAGGAUGUAUCGAACGCUGGAGAGACUGAUUUUAAUGGCAUCAUUAGUGUCAUUAUUAAUCACAAAGGAUUUGAGGCGAAAAUAAAAGACGACUUGUCCAAGAAGAAUAAUAUAUUUGACAAGGGUAGAGAUGUUGGUAAAGCUGUCAGGCAUUCUCCUAAUCUGGAGGUCGAGGAUACAGAUCUUACACACUAUUUUGCCAUUUUAAACAACAUUUUGACCGAUCCUGGAUUUGUAGCAAUAAAUAAAUCACCAAACAAUGCAAUUCAGAAAUUGGCGAAGCUUCAAAGUGACGAUUUGAUCAUUGGGAAAGACGUUGUACGUAAAGUUUUGGACGAUGUAGGUAAAACAAUUCAGGAACAAAUAAGAAAUGAGAUGGAUGAGUACAAACAGAAGACUGAAGAAAGAAAAUUAGAGCUGAUUAACAUUAUAAAUUUAAAAGUAAAAGAUAUUGAAGAGAAGGGAAAUGUUUCACUUGCCCAGCUGAAUGGUGCAGUGAAAUCGUCUAUUGAUGCUUUUGAUGCUAAGGUGAAAGAAUCUAUUCAAGAGAUAGACAGGCAGACAAGGAAAGGAAAAGAAACUCUUGAAAGUGUUACAAAUGAUGGCGUUCAAAAUGUCAACAAAGAAAAAGAAAAUGCAAUAAAGGAGAUACAAAACGCUGCAGAAAAAUCAAGAGGUAACGAUGCCGCAGUGAAAUCGUCAAUUGAUGCUUUUGAGGCUAAGGUGACAGAAUCUAUUCAAGAGAUAGACAGUCAGACAAGGAAAGGUAAAGAAACCAUUGAAAGUGUUACCAAUGAUGGCGUUCAAAAUCUCAACAAAGAAAAAGAAAAUGCAAUAAAGGAGAUACAAAAAGCUGCAGAAAAAUCAAGAGGAAACGAUGCCAAUGCUAAGAUCUCUGAGGAUACCUAUCAAAAGAAGAAAGAAGGUAAGAAAAACAUUUAUGAAUGUACCACCUUCGUUUAUAAUAUCACAAUGGCUCUUUUACAUGUUUAAAUUAUAGUCAUUCACACUCCCUU